CCUGGAGCACUUCAAACCCCUCCUCCAGCCCCAGCCCCUCAGCCCAGCAGUGGCUCCACCCUUCCCACUCCAGUGCUACUUGUCAGACCUGAGCAACCGUGAGUGUAGCCAGAGCAAGGGUGGCUCUGGGAAGCAGGCGAGCUCCGUCCUGGGACCUGAGCUGCUGCUGGCUAUGCCCUGGACUCUGCAGCCGAAGUGGCUGGCAGGCAAGGGACUGCCCCUUCUUGGAGCAAUACUGCUACGGAAGAGAGAAAAGAGCGAACCACAGUGGAAGCAGAGGCAGCAGGAAACCCACCCAUACUACGACCUUCAAUUGAAGGUGCUGAGGGCCAGAAACAUCCAGCACGUGGAUAAGUGGUCCAAAGCAGACUGCUAUGUUCAGCUAUGGCUGCCCACAGCUUCUUUUAGCCCCACUCAGACAAAGACCGUGGUUAACUGCAGUGACCCGGAGUGGAAUGAGAACUUUCACUUUCAGCUCCACGGUGCUGUGAAGAAUAUCCUGGAGCUUGCCCUUUAUGACAAGGAUGUCCUGGACAGUGACAAGGUGUUCUCAGUUCUGUUUGACCUGAGUACUCUCCAGCUAGGCCAGCCUUGCACAAAAAAAUUCACCCGGAAGCAGGAUCCAAAAGAGCUGGAAGUAGAAUUUACUCUGCAAAAGAGUCAGACACCUGCAUCUGAAGUCAUCACCAAUGGUGUCCUGGUGGCUCACCCCUGUCUGAGGAUUCAGGGCACAGUCACUGGAGACAAGACAGCCGCCCUCGGAGCGUUCGGUUUGAGGCAGAUCCAGCUGUCAGUGCCUGGGGCCUAUGAAAAGCCACAGCCUCUGCAGCCGACCACGAAGGCAGGUCUCCCAGAGACCUUUACCUUCCACGUGAACCCAGUGCUGAUCCCCAAGCUGAACAUAGAGCUGCAAGAAAAGUUCCAAGUUUUACAUAGUGGCCCAAGUGAUGAGCUAGAGGCUCAGACCCGCCAGAUGGACAAGGCAAGCAUCCUGCUCUCCUCUCUGCCCCUCAACCAGGAGUUAACAAAACUUGUGGACCUGGAGGAGGGCCAGCAGGUGACUCUGAGGAUGAAGGCAGACAUGAGGCGUGAGGACUUAGACCUGCGCCUUGGCUUUGAGCUCUGUGAUGGAGAGCUGGAAUUUCUGGACAAGAGGAAGCAGGUGGCAUCCAGGGCCCUGCAGCGGGUGAUGGGACUGCGUGAGGCUCCACACUGUGACCAGGUUCCCGUGGUAGCCGUGUUAGGCUCUGGGGGCGGAACCAGAGCCAUGACUUCCCUGUAUGGCAGCCUGGCCGGGCUGCAGGAGCUUGGUCUUCUGGAUGUCGUGACCUACCUGAGUGGGGUCUCUGGGUCUUCUUGGUGCAUCUCUACACUCUACAAGGAUCCAUCCUGGUCCCAGAAGACUUUGCAGGACCCUAUUAAACAUGCCUCGGCUCGAGUCUGCAGCAGUAAAAUAGGGAUGCUGGCCCCAAAGCAGUUUGAAUACUACUCCCGGGAAAAGAGGGCCUGGGAGAGCAGAGGCCACAGCAUGUCCUUCACUGACUUGUGGGGCCUCAUCAUUGAGUAUUUCCUGAACCAGGAGGAAAACCCUGCCAAGCUGUCAGACCAGCAGGAAAUGGUCAGCCAGGGUCAGAACCCAUACCCCAUCUACGGCUGCAUCAAUGUCCACCAAAACACCAGUGCGGAAGACUUUGCAGAGUGGUGCGAGUUCACCCCCUAUGAGGUCGGUUUCCCCAAGUACGGGGCUUAUGUUCCCACAAAAUCCUUUGGCUCUGAGUUCUUCAUGGGCCGGCGGCUGCAUGCCUGGCCAGAGCCCCGCAUCUGUUACCUUCAGGGUAUGUGGGGGAGUGCUUUUGCAGCCAGCCUGUAUGAGAUCUUCCUGAAGACGGGAGGCCCAAACCUGGGCUUUCUGGACUGGCACAUGGGCACUGUCAGUGUCACAGAUGACUGGCCAAAGUUACAGAAGCAGGACCCCACACGGCUGCCUACCAGGCUCUUCACCCCAAAGAGUUCCUUCUCUCAGGCUGUGUUGGACCUAUUCACUUCACGCUUUACUUGCGCCCAGACCUUUAACUUUACCCGCGGUCUCUGCCUGUACAAGGACUAUGCAGCUAGCAAGGACUUUGUGGUCUCUGAAGAUGCAUGGCAGUCACAUGAAUACGGACACCCCGAUGCCUGUCCCAACCAUCUCACACCCAUGAAUGACUUCCUGUCCCUAGUAGAUGGUGGCUUUGCCAUCAACUCACCAUUUCCACUGAUCCUCCAGCCGCAACGGGCUGUGGAUCUCAUCGUGUCCUUUGACUAUUCCUUGGAAGCCCCUUUUGAGGUCCUGCAGGUGACAGAGAAGUACUGCCGGGACCGAGGGAUCCCCUUCCCAAGGAUUGAGGUGGGCCCCAAGGACUCUGAGGACCCCCAUGAGUGCUAUCUAUUUGCUGAGGCGGAGGACCCCUGCUCGCCCAUUGUGCUGCAUUUCCCCCUUGUCAACAGGACCUUUCGCACACACCGGGCCCCAGGCGUGGAACGACAAACAGCUGAGGAGAAGGCCUUCGGGGACUUUGUCAUCAACGGGCCAGAUACUGCCUAUGGAAUGAUGGACUUCACCUAUGAGCCCACGGAAUUUGAUCGUCUGGUGACCCUGAAUCGAUACAAUGUCUUGAACAACAUGGCAACUAUCAGGCAUGCCCUCCAGCUGGCUCUGGACCGGCGGCAGCAGCAGCAGCAGCAGCAGCAGCAGGCUGGGGGAAGGGUUGGGGGCUGAUCACGUGAGAGUCAGAGGACUGUGGUGGAGAUGUGAUGGAGGACCUUAAGCCAGAGCAUGUUGAGGGAUAGUGAAGACAUUAGGGAGUUUCUAUUUCCUACUUCUCCUUCCCAAGAAGAUGGGACAGUAUCUCUCUGAGUGCUUGGGGAUUCUGUGCAGGAGAGAACACAGGUCAUAUUAUAUUGGGGUGUAGAGAGAGGCAGGCAGCAGCCUCAUCAGAGGGCCCAUCCCCCACCAGCACCACAGAAGGACCUCUGGAAACAACCCAGGCACUCAAAGCUUCAUCACAGAGAACUGCAGAAUAACAACCGCUCACACUUCCACAGAGUGGCCCAGCUCCGACCUGCUCCAAAACCCCUGGACUCAGUGAAGUCAAGAAUAAACAGGAGCUAUGUGGGUUGCCAGCCUGUGUCACUGAGCCCAUGCUCUACUGGUCCUCCUCUCCCUCCUAGCCUCUCUGCCCCUCCUCAGAGGUCACCAGGCUUCCCUACUAAGGCUCAUGAAUUUUGUACCAAGACGACCCAUCCUGAUGGGUGUGCACAUCGCUUUACCCAAACCACGUGUUCAGCUUCAUAGGUACAGAUGCCACACUGUGCAAAUGCUGUCUUCCCAAUCUCAGGAGACAAGUGUGUUGUUUAGAUGGGGCAGGGUAAAUGGACAAUUGCAUACAUUGUAUAUAUGGGUAUAUAUUCACAUCUAUGGUGGGCCAGUUAGUACCUGUUCCUUCACAUGGGAUGAGCAAAUAAGGUGGGGGUGGACCUAGCCUGGAUUCCUGCAUCUCAUAAUCUACAUAGGUUCCUCCCCCCUUUCUUUCCCAUCUCUCCUGAUCCACUUGGGAGCUUCCAAA